UCAGUUACCAUGGCAACAACCACCAAGCUAUGCUGCGAACUACCUGCAUGUAAGCAACGUUGACCUUUGCUAACGUUAAUUAGGACGGCUUCUGUGUACCGCAAUCGCAUCAAAGUCAGUAUAGUAAUGAAACGUUAACGUGCUUAAAGCCCAGGUGCUGUUGGUAAAGGACGUCCUGCUGAAAGGGAUGGGAGAGCCGCCUGUGGUGAUCAUCCAGCACCAGAAGAGUGGCAGGUCGUGACGGUGCAAAAGCAAUGUUGUGCUGCCAUAUACAAUGAAGAAGAUAUUCAGCUUUACUAAGAAAAAGAAACACCCGUCCGGUACCCCUGACAAUGGGAGUGUACUUUCUGUUGGUUAUGAACUGAAAGACAAGGACCUCGGGAAGGUUCACAAGGCUGCCUCAGUGGGUGAUUUGGCAAAGCUGAAACAGCUUGCUAAGAAGAAUGACAUCAAUCAACUGGACAAGGAGAACAGAACUGCACUUCAUAUUGCCUGUGCAAGUGGUCAUGGCGAGGUGGUACAAUUCCUCGUUGAGAGCAAAGCCAAGCUUAACCUUUGUGACAAUCAAAAUCGAUCCGCCUUAAUGAAGGCGGGGCAGGGCCAGUAUGAGCACUGUGUGAACAUACUGCUGGAAAAUCAUGCUGAGCCCAACCUGGUGGACAUUAAUGGCAAUACAGCCCUACAUUUAGCAGCAAACAUCCCAUCAAUCUCCACUGCUGUCCUGUUGCUGCAGCAUGGGGCUGAAAUCAAUGCCCAAAAUAAGGAGGGUUUCACCCCCUUGACUGUAGCAGUCCGUGAGGACCAUAUUGAGAUGGCUGAGUUUCUCCUCAAGGAGAGUGCUGAUGUGAAUUUUAUGGACCAAGACCGAAGGUCCCCAUUAAUGAUAGCUGCUGGAAAUGGACAAAUCAAUAUGGUGCGGCUGCUGUUGCAAUUUGAUGCAGAUAUCACACUAAAGGAUACCAAAGGAUGGUCAGCGGAUGACCAUGCAGGGAUGAAUGGUCAUCAUCCUUGUUCCCUCCUCAUCAGUGAACAUGGUACCCAGAGGAACGAUGGGGCCUCUCUGUCACUUCAAGGUCCAAGCAACAAGAAGAAAAAAAUGUUGGGCAGUCCUUCCCAAGAUGUCGAAGCAGGCUUCUCUUUGGGAGGACCAGCAACUGACAAGGAUGAGCAUGGAGCAAAUGAAGCAGGGGGAGAUUUUGAAGACAAUUCUCAGUCAGAAUCACUAAGUCGCAUGUCAAAAAGUGCUGCAGAUGAGUGGCCAUCAUCAGAAGAUGAUGAUGAAUCUGUUUCAAUUGAUAAGAAGAAACUAAACCUAAGCAAAAUGAUCGCAUCUAAAAAGGGAAAAGCUGAGCAGGGGAAAGGAAAACACUCAGAGCAACCUUCAAGUAGCAAAACGAGAUCCGACUCUCAGGAGGACUCAGCUGCAGAGGACUCUGAAGAGGAUGAUGGAGAAGAAGAAGAAGAAGAAGAAGAGGAAGAAGAAGACGAUGAUGAUGAGGAUAAUGAUGAAGAUGAGGAGGAGGACGAGGAUGAAGAUGAGGAGGAGGACGAGGAUGAUGAUGACGAUGAUGAAGACGAAGACGAUGAAGAAAGUCAAGAAGAAGAAGGGGAGGAGAAUGAAGAGGAGAAUGGAUCUGUGGAGGAUGAGGAUGACCAGUGUGUGGCUACUGUCAAGGCCAACACUACUGUAUUUAAUGAUGUGCAAAAACCCUCAGUCACUGGUGCCCUUGAGAUUAUUGACAGCGCUGAUGGCCAAAACAUGCAUGAUACUGGCAUCUCUGACAGUGGAACUCUUCUUGACGUUGUAUGUGAAAAUCCAGAUUCCUCAGAGAAAGAUGCCAAAAUAGAGACUCAAAACACUGACCUCCUCGGCCCAGCAGAAGCAAUGCCAGCAACAUUAAAUGUAGUGGAGGAUUGUGUCGUGUCAGCCAUUAGGGUAGAAUCAAAAUUUUCCGAUGAAGAUGAAAGCCUUGGAAAGGAAUGUUUAGGAUCAAUAGAUCAAAACAUAAUUUCAAACCAGAGCUCAACAGGAGGUCCUGUGCCUACACAAAGCCACAUUAAGGAGGAAGAGAUUGAGAGGGAAGCAGAAAAGGACGAUGAUGACUCCUGGAGCGAUAGACAGAACAGUGGUGAUACAGUGUGGAAUGACAGCGAUACUGAGGAAGAUAAUCAAACAGGGGGAUUUGGUCGCAACACUUUACUUGCUAAUCAAAGAUAUGUGUUGCCUGAGGUUGAUAUGAAAAAUCCAGACAGUCUUUCUGAUGGUGAAGAUGAUACUGGAUCAAACAAAAAGGCUGAGAAACGCAGGUCCUCAUGGGGCUCUUCAUUAGAGGACAAUGAUUCUGACAAAGAGAAUGAGGUAAACAGUGAGAUUCUUGAUCAGACAAACAACGCCAAGGCACCAGAUUUGCAGCCAGAAGCAACAUCAUUACAUUCAAAAAUCACAACACCUCAACCAAAUGAAGACCCCCGAGAUACCUCAUGGGAUUCUUCUUCACCAGUACCACCUUCUCCAAAAUGUAACUCACCUAAGCAAGUUAUAGAUGAUCAGAAAUCAUUUUUAGGAAAAUGUUUAACAAGCUCUCCACAGCCGAAAAACAAACCAGGUAGAGUAACUGCAGAUGAAUCAGAGUGGGAUUCCUCUGAAAAUAAGGACCAAAAUGACAGUAGCCCAAACAGUAAAUGUGAAGUGGUGUCACCAAUUUCCAAACCUAAGGUUAUAGCAGCAAACCAGACUAGAGAGCAGCAAGGACAUGAUAAAGAAAGUAUUGAGAAAGAGUCCAAUGACCCCUCCCCUGCAGUGUCACCCAUAGCAGAUAAUGUUGAUGUUGAAUCAGCUGGUCAGUUGUCACAAAUGUCUGGAAAAUUAGACUCCGAAAAUGAAAACAAUGAUAGUAGUUGGGAUGAUGAAGAUGAAAGUGAUGAGUCAGAAAAGCAGAAAACAAAGAAGAUGAAGGAUGAUGAAGAUAAAAACUGUGGGAAUGCCUUCACAACAGUUCUUUCUGACCCAACCAAUUUGUCAAGGCCGAUAAGCGCAAUAGACAAGAAAGAAGCUAAAAUAGAAGACAAUCAUAGUGAUGAAGGCAAUGAAGUGGUUCCUCAUUCUGUUGUUGAUGGAAGUGAUGAGUCGGCAAAGGAUAUUGAGCCAGAUGAAGACAAGCAAGAUGAUGAGACAAGCGAGGAUUCUGACAGCAUGGACCAAAAGCUGCAGUACGACUUUGCCAGUGCCACAGUCAAAGUGUGUGACGAUGAACAUGAGGCCAGAUUAACUGCAUAUGCUCCACUUGAAAACAUAAGUGCCAUUGCUACUCGAACAAAAGUGUCAUCAGAUGACCUGAACGAAGAACCAAUAAGGGAAAAGAGCCCACCUACCAAAGAUGAUGUCACUGCUGGACACCACACAUUGUCUGAUGAAAUGUUACCUCAGACUGACAUUGACGAUGUUGAUUUAGACUCACCUGAUGAGGCAGAGAACACAGGCAUGGGAUGGCCAGAGCAAAAAGGCAUUCCAGAGCCUGAAAUUAAGAAAGAAGAUUCGACUGAAGAUGGCGAUGAUGACGACAAAGAGGCAGAGCAGGAUGAGGCGGAGGAAGGAGACAUAUCAGAUGAGGAUGGUCAACCUGAAGAGAGCGGAGAGUCUCUUGAUGCUGCUUCAACUGUUACUGAGACACAAGUCUCUAAAGAUAAUGAAAGAGAUUUCCGAUCUGAACUGGGUCUAGAGAAGGGUGAGGAUGAGCAGGAUUCGUGGGACUCUGAGUCCCACUCUGAUCACUCCAAUAUACCACAUGAACAGAAACAAAACUUGCAGACUCAAGAGGCAAUGUCCACUGCAGAGGAAGAGAUUAAAGAAAACUUGUUUUAUACUCCCUCUUUUUUAAGAGGGGAACGAGGCAAUAGGAUGGCAAUUCUAGAGCCUUGGAGGGGUGUAGGCUGGCAAGGAGGCCGACAGGGCGAGGUUGGAAACAACAGUAAUGAUGAUAAUAGAGGUGAAGAAGACAUUAUUAAACGGAAAGAGAAUGAAAAGGCUAAAUGGGAACCACUCAGUGUUUUGAGCAAACUUGAAGGAGAUGCCAACCGACAAAAAGAUUUAAUGGAGGAGCUUGGUCUGGGUGAUGUUGAUGAUCUUGAAGCUCAAAAAGCAGAUGCAUCCGACUGGGACUCAGCCAGUACUACGAGUAAGAGAACCCUACCCGGCCGUAGAAUGACCUCCCCUGAACUCGAGGAGUCCCCCAAAUUCUCAAAUUCCCCUGUUAAGGAACAAGAUGAAGAUGUUGCUCCCACAGCAGCCUUGACACCUCAGAGAAGUAUCAGCUCUGACAAGAAACUGCCCAGUACACCCUCUCGGUCCGUUCCACACCCCCAACCUCGUGCAAGGAAGAUGGUGCUUCAGAAACCAGAGAGUGAAGAAGAAUCAGAUUGGGAACCAGACAAGAUCACAUCUCCUUUCAAUGAGACUCAACCUGACAAUGAGUUACAAAAUAUAGCUGCACUUCCAGAAAUGUCUAAACCAGGUUCCCCUGAACUUUUACAGAUGGCAAAAGAGAGUGAAAGUGGCAUAGAAGUUGACGAGCAGCAACAACAGGAGAAAGAUGAUGUAGUAGGCAGAUGUGAGUCAGAUCUAAAUAAAUCUGUCCGUGUGGGCUCUGACAAUGGAGAACAGGAUGAGGAGUUUAGAGAUCAGUGCAGUCCUGAGGAGAGAGGUAACGUGAGCGAUGACGCCCCGUGGGAGAAACGUUAUGAGAAGAUCUGGGUAGAGGUGGAGAAGAGGGAGGUAAAAUCCACAUUCAAGAACGUUGCUGGUGAAUUAAAAGAGAAGUUUGGAGAACUGUUUAAAUCAAGACAUCCUGCAGAAAACAUCACAGAAGAAGAGACCACCUCUGCUGAAGAAGAGUCAAGUGAUGAAGAGGAAGGAGAAAUCAUUGUGCGUCCUAUGGCCAGAGCAAGGAGCACUGUUCUUCUCACCAUACCUGAGCAGAGAGAGUCUGGGCUGGAGGACUCUGCAGCAGAGUCAACUGACAACUCCGUAUGUGAGGACAGGAUGCAGCACUGUGAGCAGCCAGCCAGUGACAGCAGCAUUCAUCAGGAGCCAGAUCUACUCACUGAUGAUCCUCUGGAGUUUCCUUCACCACAGCUCACUACAGUACAGAGAGAGAAUACGGACAAUAAGAAACAUACUAGCAAAACUUUUACCGAUGGGCAUACCAUACCAAUGUAUGCUGGUGACCAUAACUCGGUCUUAAAAAAUGAAACCAAACAACACAUAGAUCCAGCCUUGAAGGACACAACUGCUGAUCUGAGUGAAGCUGAAGAUGAUCUCGAGGAGUUGAAAGUAUCUCAGCCUCCCUCACUGAGGAGAUGUUCAGCAUCUGUUCCAGGAGUUUCUGAUGAAGAGCUGGAAGAGGACAUGGAAAGGUUUAAACUUGAGGCUAGCAAAGACACAACAACCACUACAAUGCAAGUGCAAAAGUCCAGUGCAUCCUGGGAUACUGGUCACACGGCAUUGGAAGAAGUUGGCACUGAGAAACCCGAGACCAGGUUAGGAUCCCUGUCAACCCAGACUGGAGCAGCAAUUCACCAGGAACAGCUGCCUGUGGCCGCCAAGAGCACCACCAGGGCUCCAGAGCAGUUGCAACCCCCAAUCCAGCAGACCUGCAAUAGCAACAUACAAGAGAAGCAAGCUGUAGAGGAGACCUUACAGCUGGAGCUGGUCAGAGGGGCCCGGCGCAGCAGAGCCCCUCAGACCAACACACAUGUUAACGGAGAUCCUCUCUCUGUGUUUGACGAUAGCACUUUAAGUGAAGUGUCGGACGAUGAAGGAAGGUUGCCACCCAGUGGACAACAGAAAAGCAAGAACACUGAAGAAGUGGAGAUGGCAGAAGAUUUUGAUGAGCUCACUCAGUCAUCGGACACAGCCACAGAUGACAUCGACUCACCCACUUCAGGCUACCGUCAUGCAUCCCUCCUCAUUCAGAAGCUGGACUCAGCAACUUUGGACUCAAGGAGUAUGGUGAAACUGCAAAACAUUUUCCAUGAAUAUGAGCGUUCCAUCCAAAAGGCAAGGAGUCGCCAUGGCUACCUGGCAGACAAGGUGAACCAGCUGGAAGUGGAGAGGGCAGAGAUGAAGAGCUCUAUGGAAGAAGUUAAAGAUGUAAAGUCAGCCUUAGAGCGCAACCAGUUGGAAUUGCAGACUGAAGUGACAAACCUUAAAUUUCAGCUGAAACAGGAGCAAGAGAAUCGCCGCAACGCCACCAUGAUGUACAACACCACCAGAGAUAAGCUGAGGAGGACGGAGGAGCAGCACCAGUUGGAGGUACAGGAGAGACAGAAGGUGGAGCUCACACUUAGGAACCUGGAGCUGGAGAUGAGAACACUGGUCAACAACAUGAAACAGCUUGAAGAAGACCACAGUGAGACCCAGAGACUUUUGGCUCAGGAGCGCAGUGCACGAACCCUGCAGGAGAAUCUGCUCAACAGCCACCUCCGUAAGCAACAAGAGAUAGAAGAGGAGAGCAAAAGAAACAUGAGCAAAAGCAAUGAGGCCUUGUCUCAGCUUACUGAGGCCAGCGAUAGAGAGAGGGAGUUGGUCCAGCAGACUGCUACGUUACAGGAGCAACUGACCAUCCUGAGGACAGACAUUGAGCGUUUGCAGGCGAACAGCAGUCUCAAAGAGAGUCACCUUACAGAGGAGAAUGAGGCCCUUAAGGAACAGCUCGAAGAUGUUCGGCGAGAUCUCAAACUCAACAGUGAAGCCCUGACCCAAACCGUCUUCAGCUGCAAUAACCAGCUGACCACCCUAAAGUCAGAGUUGGCAAUAACAACAACCCGGAUGGAAAAUGAGCGUCAGACUCGAGAAACAUUGGAGGCAGAGGUCGAGUCGACUCGUACCCGCCUGGCUGGAGCUGUAAAGGAGGCUGAGCUUUGCCGGGCAGCACACACAGACACAGAGAAAGCUCUGCUCCGGGAGAAAGAAGAACACCAGCGCCUCAAAGACAGACUCACUGGUGAAGCAGCCAGUCAGCGUCAAACAGUCAGCAGCCUGUCUCAGAAGCUGGCCCAAGCAGAGUCUCAGAAUAACAGCAUGGAGAAUGAGGUCCAUCAGGUCAGACUGCAGCUGACAGAGAAGGGAGUUCUGCUGGAGGUCCUACAGCGUGAGAAGGACCAGGCAGCUGCACGUGUCAAGGAGCUCGAAACGGCUUUGCAGGCCAAGAGGGAGCUGGUCAGUCGUGCUGGAGCACGCCAAGAGGCCACACAAGAGAGGCUAGCCCAAGCCCAGAGUGAGGGUAUGUUACUGCGACAACAGCUAGAAGAGGCCCAAAACAAAGGCGUUGCAAAGGAGCGUGCCGUAACCGAUGCCCAAGAGCGCUUCAGUGACAUUCUGUCCAAACUGCGAUCUGACUGCGAAGAGAGGGUUCAGCUUGUAGAGGACAGAAAUAAGGAGCUUGCCAGUAAGGCUGCUGACCUCCGUGAUCAGAUCUACAAGUUAGAAGAGGAGAAGAAUGAAAGAGAGACUAGUCUCAGGCAGCGGCAGCAGGAACUAGCUGACUCACUCAAGAAGCUGUCAAUGAGUGAAGCUUCUCUGGAGGUCAACACACGCUAUCGCAAUGACCUGGAGGAAGAGAAGGCUCGGCUCUUCAAAGACUUAGACAGACUCAAAGGAAAGCUAGAGGAAAGUGAAGAUCAAUACGUGCAGGCAGAGAGACGUAUCAACAGUCUGAAGAGCAGCCUGGAUGAAAGGGAAAAGGAACUCACCACAGCUGCUCAGAAACACCAGGAGGCGCUGUUUGCCUCAGCAGCUUCUGAUAUCACCAUCAAACAGCUGGAGGAAGCUGUGCAAAGGCUGGAGAUCGACAAUGCCAGACUAGAAGCUGCUGCAAAGCAACAGUCCAACAAAAUUGAAGCACUUCAGAAAGGAGCUCAGGAAGCUGUCAUGCAAUCUGACUGCUCACCUGGAGGAGGGGUCCGAGGUCAUUUGGAGGAAUUGGUUACAACUCUCCAAAGCAGUAAGAUGACUUUGGAAGACCAACUCAGUAGAGAGGUCCAGAAGCAAAGCGUGCUGUCUCACACGGCGCAGGACUCUCAGGCCUUGUGGGAGGAGGAGCUAAAGAGCCGCUCCAAGUUAGGACUGCGACUGGCAGAGCUUGAAAAAGAAAAAGGAGAGCUGAACACCCAGAUGGAAAUGGAAAAGAAGAAAGUCAAGAAAAUAGCAGAGCAGAAAAAGGCUGUAGACGCUCGUCUGGAUCAAGAGAUGAAGAGGAACACAGAUCUUCAAAAAGAAAUGUACAGGCUGCGCUCUUUAUUGAAAACUGCAAAGAAAAAACUGCGGGAUCAAGAUGGUGGUGGAGGAGAGUUUGGCUCUCCUAUGAGCAGUCUGCGUAUGGACUUGGGCAGACACAGCCAGGGUGAAGGUGCCGUUGGACGAAUGAGAGACAAGGUGGAUGAUCUGCAGGUGCAGCUGGAGAAGGAAGCAUCUCUUCGCAGCCACCUAGAGAAGGUGAACGGGGACCUUAAGGAUCAGUUGGCAUCGCUGAACAGCUUGAACCGCAGUAAUGACCAGCUGGAGAGGAGUAAGAGGCAGCUGGAGGAGGAGGUGCUGGACCUGAGACGCCGAAUGGAGGCGACUCAGGUGGAGCAGAGCCACGUGGAGCAGUACCGCCGUGACGCAGAGGAGAGAGCCCGGCAGGAGGUACAGCAGAAACUGGAGCAGGUCAACCUCUUCCUCCAGUCCCAGGCAGCAUCCCAAGAAGCACUGGACCAGAUCAAAGCUGCCAAUGAGGCUAAUCUGCGCUCUCUGCUGGAGCAGAAGAUCCGGGAGCUGGAGGGUGAACUGGGCCGGGCCCGCAUCACCCAGCAGGACAGCGUUAACCAAAGAGACUCCACACGCACAGAGCUUGAGAGAUAUCGCCAACUCUACGCGGAAGAGCUGCGCCUCCGCAAGUCCCUUGCUGCUAAACUAGACAGGGCCAACAGCCGGCUCUCAGACGCCAAUUCCAAGUUGCUCAAUGAGCGCAGCAGGUCUCUGAUCACCAGCAACAUUACCAAUGGCAGCCUUGGAGGGCCCUCGCUGGACUUGGGCGCUUUGGGUUCAGCGGCACACUACGGGGCCACACUGGGUCCCCUCAACAGGAGUUUGGGCCUGGGACUCUCCCUUCUCAGCCCUGCAUCUGAGAGGCAGAACAGCCAGGUGGAGGACUAUCUGGCCAAGAUGCAGAGUGAGUUGGAUAGAAACAUAUCAAAGGAAUUAAGCAGCGCCACAGCAGAGCUGGACGCUGCCUCGGAACGACUGUCCCCUGUUGGUUCUGCCUCCAGAGUGGAGCUGGACCCUGUUAGCAGGGCAACGCAGCAGUACUUGGAGGUACUGAAGAAGAACAAUAGGAUCUGACUACAUACACAGACGUUAUAAUGGGACCUGCUAUGAAUCCCAGCUGCUUGCAGUCAAAGUUUAUGUUUCAGCCAUUAAAAACUUUAAAAAGUGAUUGCAGCAUCUCUUGAGGCCAACACUAAGAAUACAAGGUUGUAUGUCUUUAUCGUCUUUAUGAAAGAAAGCAAAUAUGAUGCACAUUGCACUUAACCACUCAGGAGCAAAGGGCAUGAGUUUUAUACAGAAAUAUAUAUAUACAUACAUACACUAGUGUGUUUAAAUAUGUAUGUAUAUUGCGUUAUUGAUGGGUACAGUUAGAGACAACCUCGAAAGUAUUUGUUCCUUUGAAAAAAUUCUGUCUAAUCUCUAACAGUUUUAUUCUCACAUAUAGUGUGUGUGUAUAUACACAGGCUCGUGGUUUGGAUUUUUAUUUGUGAAUAUUGGUGUUGCUAAAUUUGUAUUUCUAAGUAUUUGUAUGCAUCAUUAUUAAUUUUGCCAAGAUACUACAUUUGGUACGUGCCAUCAAAUGGUGCAAUAUCUGUCUUGGUCUUAUGUUUAGUAUUGUUAUUAUUAUUUUAUUUAUUCUUUUUUUUUUUUUUAAAUGAGCAUGAUAUACUUGAAAAAGACGAGCUGAAUACUCUUCGGCUACAAAAGCAGGGUGAUUCCGUUCACACAACUGUCAUAUCAGCUUUUGGUCAGCUUGCUUUUAAGGGCCACCAGAAGCGAAACAUUUCUUACUUUUAUCAUUCAUAAAUACUGUAACAAAUUUAGAUGAACUAAUGUUGAGAGAUCGUAGUCUGUCAAGCGAUAGGGACAUAACAGUUUGUAAUUUGAGGUAUAUUAUGUUAUUUUUGUGAAAUGUAUUUGAACAUUUUUCCGGUUCACGUCAUUAUUAAACAUUUGAAAGAGG